AUGCUUUGCCUUCGAGCCAUCGGAGGCUCAAGAAGACAACGCACAGGGAGUCAUCAUGAUACCAGACCAGAGCAUUGGCCAGGUCAAAUUCUACAUCUCCACUCAGCUCACUGACUUUGGGUCGUCUCUGCUGGAUGUGCUUAACUCGCUGCUGAAGAAGAAGAUACAGGAACGGCACAUGGCCAAUCCUCGCAUUCUCAGG